AUGGCUGCAGCGGACCGUGAUGGCGUCACGUAUUGGUACGAUUGCUGUGCGUCCAACAAUGACGUCGAUCCGAAACUGCAGCAACGACAAGAUCGAGAGGAAGACGAGUAUGAAAUGAAGGAAGAAGAAGAAGAAGUUGAGGAGCGCGUGGAUGAUGAACCUAUGCAUAUCACUGGAAGACUCUUUCUCGGAUCUAUUGAUGCAGCGAGAAAUGUGACUGCAUUGAAACGACUGCGUAUUAGUGAGAUACUUGCAUUACUUGGAAAAGGAGAAGAAAUUGCUGUAUUGUCGAGGCGUACGAGUGUACUUGCUAAAGAGUACACAGAGCAGCAGAUCACGAGGACACUUGUUGAGAUUGAAGACUCGAAGGACGGCAAUUUGUUGCGGAGAAUACCUGGAAUACUGGCUACACUUGGAAAGAUCAUAAAAAAAGCAGAACGGCAUGGCAUGAACGUACUGGUGCAUUGCAUCGCCGGAAGAUCGCGCUCUGCGUCCGUGGUAGCAGCAUGGAUGCUCGUCAGUGAGCCAAAGCUGCCGAGUGUACAAGAUGUUGUAGAUCGGAUCAGGAUCAUCCGUCCUUGGAUCGAGAUCAAUGCUCACUUCAUGCAAGAUUUACACCUGUUCCAUGCCGUGCUUAGGUCAACAGACAGAGCGACACUGAGUGUUGAAAUGGCUCUCUUGCUGACAGAUCGAUCAUUUCCACGACUGGACUUUGGUGCGAACUUAGUUGAUGGAAUCGUUCAAGGCACAAAGACGAUCACGAUGCGUCUCUUGUCUGAUAUUGAAAGUGAUCAGCAUUCGGAUCUGGAAGACAUCUUUCCAUACUCUGUGGUUACAGCAACUACCGUGAGUCCAUGUACCAAUAGUACACCAAGAAGAAUACAAUUUGCCUAUCUGUUGAUAGAUCAGAUUGAUAUUCAAGACCUACGUGAUAUCGACCAAGCGAUACUUUACAAAACCGGUUUUGACUCGACUGACGAGGUUCUGGCAGUUUUGAAGCAGUAUUAUCCGAAUGUGACUACCACCGCAACUUCACUGCUGAUGCUACAUUUUCACUAUUUGUGUCCAGGUGUUGCUAAGUAG